GUAGCUGCGUCGGUCAACUAUUGUUUAUACAAAUUGUCACCAAACGCCAAAAAGGUGGAUGCGAUGCAGUUGUCUCUGUAUCGUAAUACCUUUAUUGGUUGCUAUCUUAAUAGUCAUUUAAGCGCUUUUGAUAUUGAACGACUGAGGGUCAGAUAUAGAUGUGAUUUGUUUGCAGAAUAAUUAGUUAACGGUACAGUCAUUCAGCCGUGCUCUCACGACACCGGAUAACUCAGCGACAACUGCUUUCGGUCAGUGUCUUUUAUUGGUUAGAUGCACAAUAGCAGGGUGGUUAACUACCAUAUCUAGACGAGAUUAGUUUACCCACUGCUGAGAGCGUGUAUGGGCUACUGUGCCGCCUACUCCGCUCUCAGUCUACAGCCAGUGAAAAAUGUGUUUUUAUUAUUAUUAUUGGAUUUAAAUGAGUACGAAUAGAGCUAGCCGCCACACAGAGGUGUUUUGUUGGUGCUAAGGAUGAGUAAGGCUGAAUGAUGUGUUGGGUUAGUUGCGGUCUUCCCGGGAAAGAGAGGGGAGUGCAUGAAAUGCUGGCUGAUUGAGGACAGAGAUGUUGUGGAACAGUCCAAAGCUCUGUCAUCACUAACUGAGCUGGCAGGAGUGGCAGCAGAAGGCCUGCCUCUCAUGGAUGUCUGCAGUAAGAACUCAAAUCGCACAGCCCCGGUGGGCGAGAGGGGACCCAGGCGAGCCGAUGUUCCCCUGUGCUCUCGGACCAAUGGUUGGAGCUGGCCUCCACACCCCUUCCAACUGCUGGCCUGGCUGUUUUACCUGUAUUUCGCUGUCAUUGGUUUUGGUGUGUUUGUGCCUCUGCUCCCCACACACUGGAUCCCAGCCGGAUAUAUUUGUACAGGGAUAACGUUUGUCUGUCACCUGUUCAUGCAUCUGAUGGCGGUCUCCAUCGACCCUGCAGAUUAUAAUGUCAGAGCUAAGAGUUAUAGGGGACCCAUGCCGGUUUUUGACCACACCAAACAUGCACACGUCAUCGAGAACUGUCACUGCUACCUCUGUGAAGUUGAUGUAGGCCCAAAAUCAAAACACUGUAGUGCGUGUAAUAAGUGUGUGGCAAGCUUUGACCACCACUGUAGAUGGCUAAACAAUUGUGUGGGCAGCAGAAACUACUGGCUUUUUCUCAAUAGUGUGAUUUCUGCUCUGCUGGGAAUUGUUUUGGUUGUAGUUAUUGCCAGUUAUGUUUUUAUAGAGUUCUUUUUGGACCCAACAAAACUCCGAUCUGACAAGCAUUUUCUACAGGUGAAGAAUGAGUCUGUAGUGUGGUUUGUAUUUCUGCCGGUGGCUCCAGUCACCACUGCAGGUCCUGCCAUUCCUGCUCUGGCAGGUGUCACCAUUGCUCUGGGCCUACUGUCUGCACUUUUGCUGGGCCACUUACUUUGCUUCCACAUAUACCUCAUGUGGAACAGACUUAGUACAUAUGAGUAUAUUGUGCGGCAGCGACAUCGGCAAGAGGCUAAAGAUUCCAGAAUGGCCCCUCCAGAGAAUGAAUCUGCCAUUCCAAAGAUGAAUCUUAUCAAGCAGCAAGUCAGUUAUACUGGAACGCUCGGCUACACUAACCCUGAGAUGGAGGUAGAGGAUCCAACUGCCAUGAGCUCCCAAGAAGGAUCAGUGCGUUAUGGUAACGGCCGAGUCAAAGGUCCAUCCGAGCAAAUAGGUGAAGAAGACCUCCUCCCUGCUGUCUCAACAGAGCGCAAAGCAUCACCUCGCCCUCACAAACGCACGCAGAAAAAAAAGAAGAAAGUGCGCAAACUUGCAUCUGAGAUAAGCAGUGACAGGUCCACUGACACCAGCACCACCAGAGGCAUGCCAAGGACUUCUGCUGAGCAGGAGUCCUCUGUAGCUGCCGCCACUGUGUCCUCCUCUCUUGGUCAACGCUUACCCUUCCCAGCAUUUCCCCUACGGGCCUCCCUUCUUCCUCUUGCGCUUGUACAGGCUGCUGGCCCCCCUGCUGAAUAUCAUUCUGACUCUGCAGAAUCUCUGGAGGAAAUCCCCGUAGCAAUGGCACGCCUUGGUAGUGCCGCCCUGGCAGGGGCUUCGACCCCCAUCUGCACUACUACUACUGCUACUGCUGCUGAUGCUGAUGCUGCUUCUGCCACCCAUUCCUCUUCUCUCCAGUGUGCUUUGCCUCCCUCAGCAGCUGGACAGCCGCUACCCUCCCCUCUGCCCAGGACCAAGAGGAAAGCAUCAGCUCGUAAAUCUUCAGAGCAGAGGUUUGAGAUUGUGUCCCAUAAUCUAACUAUGUUUGUGAGUCGAGAGAGCGGGGAGCCUGCCAUGCCCCGAGAAGGCAUUUGCUCUGAGGAAAGUUCACACUUAGCAAAACGCAAACAGACAAAUAAAAAGAGAAGUGUGGAGGAUCCUAAGCCCAGCUUAAGAGGAGGAACCCCACUGGCAUAGCAAAUACUACACACUAUAGAGACACAACACUCCUAGUUGAGUUGUUUUGAAAACAAGAGGAUCGGAUAAAGACUAAUCUGAUCUAUCUGAUCUUUUGCUGGUUUAAACCACGAAUGCUUGUUGUCAUCAGUCAAUGACGUUUGGUCUAAACUCAUAUUGCAGAAAGCUGCAAAUAGACACAUUUGACAGAAGUCUGAUCUCAGAUCAGAAUCAUAUAUAAAAAUAUUCAUGAGGUUGUGUAAUGUGAAAGCUGAUGUUAGAUCCUGCGCCUUGGACUUUGACACACAAUCCCUCAAUAAACUUUUGAGGAAUCCUAUCAACUAUGUUCAUUACAAACUGACUUAGCUUUUCAGAAAUUCCAGUACAUUUCACUACAAUUUCACUGUAGCAUUGCAAAAAUAUGUUUUAAUACGUAAUGAAAUGCAGAUGUCUGUAUUUAUUUAUAUAUGUUAAAUGCCAAAGUUAAUUUAUGAUGCAUAGGUUUUCUAAGCUUAAACAUGCUAUUUGACCAAUGUUUUUCUUUUUCCAUUUGUUUUUUGUUUUUUGUUUUUUUGUUUUUUUUUUGGUCAGUAUUUGUACAUUAUUCCAAAAGUUACCUUAUUUUUUUAAACUAUUAUUAUUGUUAUAAUUAUCAGUCUUGUAUUUAUUUAUUGUUGUUUUUAUAAGCUUUUAUUUGUCUGGUUGUUUGAAUCAAAUCCACAUGUGUUUGUGUGAACUUGACUCUUCAGUAUGUACUACAGAGUGUACUUGUGGUAAUAUUUUAACCUAAUGUCACUUAUGUUUUCAGUUAUUUUACUAUUUUGAAACUGCUAGCUGUGAGACAGUGGUGGCCUGAGAGGGAAGCAAUAAAAAAUAUGUUUUUUAUGCUUUUUGUUUUUUGUUUUUUCUAAUUAUUAUCCACCAAUUACUUUUUAACUACAUUUUCUUCUCAGUCACCAAUGAGCAAGGUUUCAAUGGCUCUCUGUUUUUAUUUAAGCAUUUAAAUAUUAUAUGAAAACUGAAGAAUGAGUGAUGUAUUUUUGUAAAAUUUUAAUAAAUGUUUGCACUACA